AGUAGAGUAUUAGUUCGAAACACCUGUAGACGCUAGUAUGUGAUUGAAUAUAGAAUUCUGGUCAAUACUGGGGAAUGCAUGUUGUCAGAGAGUGGUGAGCAUGAAUCUGUCGGGCAGUGUGUCCGUGUGGUGUAGUGCGUGCCCCGUCAAUAUGUCUCUUUCGCCCUUGUGAAUGACCGACCAGCCAAACAAAGGGAUUUCACGACCCGCGAUCUGCAGCUAUAGGUUAAUUGUUGUCCCGGAACAUACUAAAGAAAACAAAGUAACUGAUAACUCGUAGUUUCAUAGCCAUAGCAGUGCCAUAACCUGACUUUACUACGUAAUCAAGUGCAAUAAAGUUACUUCUGUGAUAAAAAAAAACUUUUGAUGCCAUAAUGACUCGUAGACAAUAUAAUAACUUGUCCUCUAAUUCUUCACCUUCGGUGGAAGUGGAUCAUGGAAUGAUGUCUCCACCACCUCCUCAAGCUUCUCCAGCGGAUCGAUCGCCUUUGGGGGACAAUCCAGGAUCUCCAGCAAUGUUAGCAACUAUGACACCGGUCAAUGUCAUGGAACUCAAAAAAGAGAUGGAGGAGGAAAGUGCCAUGGGGAGAGCUCCCUUAUAUGCUCAGGUUAAAACAGAAGUUUUAUAUGACAAAGAAGACGAUAUAUAUGCUCAAGGAAUUGCAGACAAAAAUGAUACUCCGAUAGAUUUAAUAUACGAAGACGGCAACAAAACUGUAAUUUAUACAACUGCUCCAGAUCAAAAAGGUCUUGAAAUAUAUUCCGCGGAUAAUACGGGAGAAAUAACCAUAAAUAAUAUCAGUGCUCAUCAAAUUCAUGGUCAACAGAUAACAGAUGUGUUAAUUGACGGUAGUACAAAUUCCAUGGUAAAUUCUAGUGGGCAGACUGUCAGUAGUCCCCCAGGAACAGUGUCCGUUGUUCUACAGGGGAAUGGCCAAGGACUUUUACAGUAUCCUCAAGCACAGGUGCCUGGUACUACGGUAUUAGUACUUUCAGAGUUAGUGGAUGAUGUGGCAGGUGUUCCGGUAGUCGGACUCAGAAAACGAAAAGAAAGUCUUGAUUCUACGUCAUCGCACGCAGCCGGUGAUUUACCAGUGGUGGGUCAACGUGGUAUGGCUGAAUUGCCCGAGGGGGCAGCCCCUCCCGAGGAUCAACAUAAUUGGAGAGCAUUUUACGAACAUCCUUUAACAGCCGCCACGACAGCCAUGCUUAACAUCGGUGGUGGUGCCGAAGAUCAAUCAACAGCGAUGGGACUGAUUUAUGAAUACUAUAAAUUACCUGAUUCCAAAGACAAACUAGCUGAUAUAUGGUCGGCAGGUUCCCAGGCCGGAGGCAUUCUAACGUCGCAACUGAAGGCAACCAAUGGUUUGGUGAGCGGGGCGGGCAUAGAAUUGACGACUCCGCCUCUUAGUGCUGCCGGUCAGCUUAAUUCUCAAGAGUUCCAAGGCUUAUUUAUUAAUCCACACGUUGGGUAUACACAGCCUGUGGCUGGCGGACAGAAUUUGCAGAUCGUGAAACGGGAACCCGAGGACUUAAGUCAUCAUCGUAAACUGGACUGUAGUUCACCGAGUUCGGGUAGUCUCGAUGGUUCAAUAAUCAUCCCCAAGCAAUCUAGAGCUAAGGUCGUACUGGUGUCUUCAGCUGGUGGCCACACUGGAGAUCUGGUUGUUGAUGUGAACUCAAUCAAAGACGAGAGUCAUCACGGACUUACAUCUCCUCAACACGGUUCUAGAUCUAUAAACGGGACUCCAACCUCAACACAUAGCAGUCUUCUGGCAGACGGUUCAAGCACGGGGCCUAUUGAGUUUAUCUCUGCGAAUGGCCUCAAACCAGCGAUGUAUACAACGCAGAUAUUCACCUCCAUGAACAACGCACCUCAUAGUGGUGGUAGCGGUACUCCUUCACCAAUACCAUAUACUGAUCAUAUCCAAUAUAGUACACAAAGUUCGAUGGCCGGUGGAAGUGUCAGUGGUAAUUCUACCAUUUACUCUUCCACCGGUAGACCAAGUAGCUCAACAACUUUUUCGGUAGCUGAUCCUUAUUAUCGCGAAUAUUUCACAACAGUAGCGUCUGGAGGUGGAACUCCGGAACCUGUUUAUUCCACACAAUUAAGACAAAAUCAGCUAACGUACGCAGAUGAAGCGGCAAGCAGUGGAACAACAGCAAGUUUUGUCGAAAGAUACGUUCGUCAGUCGACAUAUCAUGGAAAAGGUGUUAUAGCUGCUGCAGGUCUUACCGUUGAUCUCCCAAGUCCGGAUAGUGGUAUAGGCGCCGAUGCUAUCACGCCUCGCGACCAGAAUACGCUGCAGCAGUCAUUCGACUAUGCAGAACUGUGUCAGACCAAUCCUACGUUAUUGGAUCCAUUAUCGUUGUCUCAACGAAGUAACAGCAGCUCCCAAUCUCCGGGGAAUCAACCAACUAGUAGAAGCCGACCUUGGCACGAUUUCGGGCGUCAGAACGAUUCCGAUAAAAUUCAAAUUCCAAAAAUUUUUUCUCCCGUCGGUUUCAAGUAUCACCUAGAGACUCCCAUAUCAACAUCGCAGAGAAGAGAAGAUGAUAGAAUUACGUAUAUAAAUAAAGGACAGUUUUAUGGAAUUACUUUAGAAUAUUUACCAGAUCCAGAUAAACAACUCAAAUCACAGACUGUAAAGAGCAUCGUUAUGCUAAUGUUUCGAGAAGAAAAGAGUCCUGAAGAUGAAAUUAAAGCCUGGCAGUUCUGGCACGGUCGACAGCAUUCUGUAAAACAACGAAUAUUGGAUGCAGAUACGAAAAACAGUGUAGGUUUAGUAGGUUGUAUCGAAGAAGUAGCUCAUAAUGCGAUAGCAGUAUACUGGAAUCCCCUAGAAAGCCCAGCAAAGAUAAACAUUGCCGUCCAGUGCUUAAGCACAGAUUUUAGUAGUCAAAAAGGAGUAAAGGGACUACCUCUUCAUUUACAAAUAGACACUUACGAAGAUCCCAGGGAUUCACAAAUUUUCCACAGGGGUUACUGCCAAAUAAAGGUUUUCUGUGAUAAGGGCGCAGAGCGAAAGACAAGAGACGAAGAAAGGCGAGCAGCCAAACGUAAAAUGACAGCUACUGGGAGAAAAAAAUUGGACGAGUUAUACCAUCCCAUGUGCGAAAGAUCAGAAUUCUAUACAAUGAGUGAUCUCACAAAGCCUCCUGUACUAUUUUCACCAGCAGAAGAUAUCGACAAACUGACUUCGAUGGAACUGCAAGGUUUUUAUUCACAAGAAGAUGGUUCUCUCAGUGGUCCAGUAGAUCACGUGAAAACAUCAGGUUCUCCUUUUCUUCUGCAUACAGCUUCGAAACCUCCCACCACACCAACCCUCAAAUUCCACAACCACUUUCCCCCGGAAGCAGACAAAAAGGAUAACAGUAUAUUAGACAGUAGUUUAUCCUCGGAUGGAAAUGUCUUUUCUCCGCCAAUUAAAAGGACUAAAUUGAUGGGAGGUCCAGGUGGAGCAGGGCCUCCACCAUUGAGUGAGAGGGUGAUGUUGUAUGUACGUCAAGAGAAUGAAGAUGUAUAUACUCCAUUACAUGUUGUUCCUCCUACUACGGCUGGACUUCUAAAUGCAAUUGAGAAUAAGUACAAAAUUAGCACUUCAAGUAUAAAUAACUUGUAUCGCAAAAACAGAAAAGGCAUUAUAGCCAAGAUUGAUGAUGAUAUGGUUGCGUACUACUGCAAUGAAGAUUUCUUCUUGAUAGAUUUGAAAGCAGUGGACGAAGAUAUUUUCGACAUUACUCUUGUGGAACUGAUGAACCACUAACCGCCAUUGAUAUUACGUACUCGUACUUAUGAAUUAUCAGUUUUUGUUGUGAUUUGUUUUUAACAAUGUAAUUUUUAAGAGCGAUGUUUAUCAGAACUUUAUUAUUUGUUUAUAGUGUCUAGAAUGUUGAUUUUACAAGGAUUUUUCAAUUCAAUUUAUAAUCAAACUAAGUUAUUGUUAGUUUUUUUGUUUUUAUGUUUAUUAAGGACAUGAUUACGUUUAUAUUUGUAAAAUAUUAAUGUGAUCAUUAACAUUCAAUGUAACUUUAAUGUUAUCAAUUUUUAUUUACAUGGUGGCAAUGUUUUUGUUUCUGAGAAUUUAAAUACUUUUAUUAGAAAUUAAGAAUGUAGGGUUUACAUCGAUUUAUAUAUAAUUUUAUAUAUUAACUUGAUGGUGCUCCUCGAAACACCACGUCACAAAAUUAUUUUGCAGUAUUCUCUCAACAUGUUUUACAAACCUAAAUAUAGGAUGAGCCAUUGUUGUAGUGCAGUAAUUAUAUCAUAUAUUGUAAUAAAUAAAAUUCCAAACUAA